AUGAGGGUGAAGCAACACGUAUUGAUCUAUUUGGCAUUAGAACUUCCUUCAUUUUUGGCAACGGAGUGGUGUCCAUCUGUGCAAACAACAUACACAAAAAAUCAAUUGGAUAUUCUGAGAAGGCUUAUAGAAAACAAUUUAGUACAUUUGAACCAGUUACAUCGUCUUGGACAUUUAAAAGCUUCGGAAAAAGUUAGCGUAGAAGAGGAUCCGGAUGGGUUUAAAACCAGAGCUACAAACGCGGAUGAUGAUUUAAAACUAUUUGCUAUCGGAGCCUUCACCAAAAUGAUUGAACAAGUUCUAUGUGGGCAUUUCAUGUGUUUAUAUGGUUCUACUUGUAAGAUCAGGUCCUUGAGCAACGUGUUCAUCAGCUCGGCGGCUUCAACUGCUGGCACAAUUCGUUCUAUACUGGAAGAAACGUUUGGAACUCGAUUAUAUUGGGAAGGAUGGAGUAUGGAUUAUGAACUGCAGCAGAUUCGAAAAUACUAUGGUGCGUUUCCAAAUGGGUGGUUUUUCUUCAAAUCACCUGAUGAUGCAAGAUCAAUGCCAAACACAGCUCAUGACUUUACUCUCUUUUCAAAUCCCGACCAGGGUACUAUUUUCCCAAUCUCGAAUGGUUAUAUGUGCAUCUAA